AUGCCUCUACGAGCCAAGGUUGAAAGCUCAGCAUUCAGCGGAAAGGCGAGAAUGCUCUCCUCCGCUGCUCCUGUUGGCCCGAAGGAACUGCCUGGCGAUGAGCCUGACGAUGUCCUAUUUUCAAAGCUCAACGGUGUCAGGCUGGUCGAGCUUAACCGGCCGAAGAAACUGAACUCGCUCAAUGGUUCGAUGGUGCGGAAGAUUCUUCCUAGGCUCCAGGAAUGGGAAAAGUCACAGCUUGCCAACAUUGUGAUGAUAUCUGGUGCUGGAACGAAGGCGUUUUGCGCUGGUGGGGAUGUCGCUGAGCUCGCAAAGCAGAAUACCCUGGGGGUCAGCGGUCAGAAAAAGUCUAGGGAGUUUUUCGGACAAGAAUACCAGCUUGAUCAUUACAUUGCGACCUACAGCAAGCCCUACGUUGCGGUUUUGGAUGGAAUCACGAUGGGUGGCGGAGUUGGACUCAGUGUACAUGCGCCAUUCCGGAUAGCUACCGAGCAUACCAUGUUCGCAAUGCCGGAGACCACAAUUGGCUUUUUCCCAGAUGUCGGCGGUUCUUUCUUCCUCCCACGCCUUGAUGGAGAGAUUGGAACAUACCUUGCCCUCACAUCGGAGCGCUUAAGUGGUGUGCAGGCUUUCUAUGCUGGUAUUGCAACGCAUUACCUUCCCUCGAGUGCCUUGGGCAACCUUACCAAUCGACUCUCAGAGUUGGUGUUCUCGGACUACGCCUCGUUGAAUAGCCGCCUUGAUCUCAUCAACAAGACAAUAUCUGAAUAUGCUGUUAGCAUCCCGACCCUUAAAGAAGAACCAAUGCUACUAGCUGGCAGCCUCCGCGAGUCUAUAGAUCGAUGUUUCGCCCACUCCACAAUGGAGGAAAUCAUAUCCGCCCUCGAAAAAGAGACAGUGAAUGCCGACUGGGCAGCAAAGACUCUUAAAACACUCGCCCAACGGUCCCCGAUCGCCCUCAAGGUUACACUACGCCAGCUUCGUGUAGGCAAGAAUUGGUCUAUCUCUGAGACAUUCCAGCGAGAAGACCAGAUUGCUGGUCAUUUCAUGGCUCAUCCAGACUUUGUAGAGGGUGUUUCCGCCAGGCUUGUUAAUAAGCCUCCAACGGCACCAGUAUGGAAACAUGGAUCUCUCGCUGAAGUCACUGAUGCCGACGUCGAUGAGUUCUUCCGUAUCCCAAAAGGCGAAAGCCGCCUCCCACUACUAAAUAAGAAUGCGGACUAUAAGCAAUACCCUCACGCCAAGUUUGCUCUUCCUCAAGAACAUUCUAUUUUGCAAUUUGUCGAGAAGAACAAGCCAACUCGUUCUCAGGUCGUUGAGGAGUUUAUGAAACGGACAGACGCCAAGCUUGGGGUAAAGGAGAAAGUCUAUGAAGUUCUAAAGCGAAAGACUAAGGAGACGGAUGAGGGCUUGGUUUUGAUUGAAGAGGGCCAGUCGUAG